CCCACGUCAAAUAUGGCCGCCAAGCUCCAGCGUCCUUUACAAUCCGAAGGGCGGCGACAACUCUGGCUUCAUAACCACUUCCAAAAGGGCCUCCUCCUACGGGGUUACGGUUCUGAGUGCGCACGCGCGAAUGCAAAUCCUCUUCCGGGCAACAUGGCGAUGGGACUGAUGUGCGGACGCCGGGAACUUCUGCGGCUCUUGCGGCCUCAGCGGCAGUUCCACAGUGUCGCAACGCUCUCGCAAUGGCCCCAAAAACCGCUGAGCGCGAGGCUCCCAUUCGCAGCCCGUCCGUGCCGCAGUCGCCAGUGCUACGUCCUCCUCGCAGCCCCUGGCCCCCGCUGCCUCAGUACCUCUGCCAUAUCAUUUGCAGAAGCCAAGGUUCAGGCUCCUCCUGUUGUUCCUGCAACUCCCUCACCCACAGCAGUACCUGAGGUGGCUUCUGGAGAGACUGCAGACGUAGUCCAAGCUGCUGCAGAACAGAGCUUUACUGAACUGGGACUGGGGUCAUACACUCCAGUAGGACUGAUCCAGAACUUCCUGGAAUUUAUGCAUGUUGACCUGGGCCUACCUUGGUGGGGGGCCAUUGCUGCAUGUACGGUCCUCGCCCGCUGCCUGGUUUUUCCUCUCAUCGUGAAGGGCCAGCGAGAGGCAGCCAAGAUCCACAACCACUUGCCAGAGAUCCAGAAGUAUGCCACUCAAAUCAGAGAGGCCAAGUUGGCAGGAGACAAUACUGAGUUUUACAGGGCCUCCUCAGAGAUGGCACUUUACCAGAAAAAGCAUGAUAUCAAACUCUUUAGACCUCUCAUUCUACCUCUGACUCAGGCCCCAGUGUUCAUCUCCUUCUUCAUUGCUUUGAGAGAGAUGGCCAACCUUCCUGUGCCCAGCCUGCAGACAGGUGGCCUCUGGUGGUUCCAGGAUCUCACAAUAUCUGAUCCCACCUACAUGUUACCACUGGUAGUUACUGCUACAAUGUGGGGUGUCCUUGAGCUAGGUGCUGAGACAGGGGUGCAGAGUUCUGACCUUCAGUGGAUGAGAAAUGUGAUCAGAGUAAUGCCCCUGGUAGUCUUGCCCAUAACCAUCCAUUUCCCCACGGCAGUAUUUAUGUAUUGGCUCUCCUCUAAUCUGUUUUCCCUGGGCCAAGUGGCUUGCCUCCGGAUUCCAGCUGUGCGUACUAUACUUAAAAUUCCUCCACGUGUUAUACAUGACCCCGACAAAUUACCUCCACGAGAAGGCUUCAUAAAGAGCUUCAAAAGAGGCUGGAAGAAUGCUGAAAUGGCACAUAGGGCUCAAGAGCGUCAGCAACGCAUGCAGAAUCACUUGGAGCUUGCGGCCAGGGGUCCCUUACGACAGACCUUUACUCACAACCCUGUACUACAGCAUGGGAAGAAUCACCCUCCCAGCAUCAGUGACAAACCAAAGUCAAAGCAGCCCUGGCGUGACACACUUAGCUGACUUAACAUUCCCUGUUCAUUCUGGCAAGAACUUUGUCUUUGCAAAGACUCAUCCUCAAAACAAGACUUGACACUAUG